UGCAGUUUCACAACAUCACAUGGAUUAUUGGAUGUGACAGUACAUUGAGUAUUGGACAUGUGGCCGCACCUGUCUGGAUCAUUAAGGUCAGGUAUUGGCUGCUGACGUAUCAUUACCACGGAUAAGGUCGAAAUUAGGCUGCAGCGUUUCAGCAUGGAUCUCUCUGGGAAACUUAUUAUCAAAGCUCAACUAGGACAUGACUUGCGACGAAUCCCAAUACAUAAUGAGGAAAUCACUUACGAUGAACUUAUUUUAAUGAUGCAACGUGUCUUCAAACAGUAUAUUACAAAGGAAGAUGAAUUAUUGGUAAAAUAUAAGGACGAAGAUGGGGACUUUAUAACGAUUGAGGAUGAGUCUGAGCUCUCCCUCGCCAUACAGUCCAGCAAGGUGCUACAGAUUAAAGUCUUCGUUGUAAACAAACCUGAAAUAUUACAAUGUACUGCUCCAUUUAAAAACAGAAAAGACGGUGAAGCUAAAAACUCGAAUCAGGGGAUACGUUUUCUUUAGUUUAUGAACUUCAACGGCUUGGUAACCACAUCCUAAACGUAGCUGAUCGUAUUCAAAAACGUUUUCUGCCAACAAUUCCAUGGAUAUAGCUUUCACUAACUGUAAUCGACUUGAAAUAGUAAACAAAACAGACGUAAGUAUUAUCUGCCAACCAUUUUCCACUCAGAAAAAUUGUUAUUUUUCAAUUGGAUAUAAUUUGAUUGAUCAUGAUUAACACUCGGUAGCAAUUUACUGAAACUUAUAUGAGUCUAAACUGCCAUUUAUACUUACUUGCCGUUGUCCCUUGUCUGCAUCACAUUCCCAUUACUAUAUUUUUGAUGCUUUCGAUAAGGUCCGCAUGCCCAUUUUUCUAAACCUACAGUCAGAAAACCGAUCGAAUGGUUGCGAACAAUUUCAUUAUGUACAUCCAUAACUCACGAUAAUAUGUAUAGGUGAGAUAUCAAGACUACUCUAAAUAAUAAGUUUUAAUGCAUACACAACUAGGACAUUUGCAAUCCAAAACUAAUAAAUUCUUAGUUGAUUGAUUGUAGUCUAUGAGCGGCAAAAGUGAUAACAAUAGCCGAUAGGUCAAAAAAUAGCUUACUGUCAGGACUACACAAAAGUCCCACAGACUAAAUUUUUAAUGAAUACAAAUUAGUAGUAUAUUAGCUUAUCGAGAAACAAAAGCAAAUUAAUUUUACUUUUGUUCCUGUUCCAUCCUAUCAACUGUUGUAUGUAUGGUUUAGGUGGUAACUUACGAAUUUUGGCGUUCUUACAAUACAAAAGCUGACAACAAUAUCAUAUCGAUGCGCUAAUAUUUUGUAGAAUUCAAAAUGUGUUGAGAAAUGUCAUGGUGAUCAUUUUAUUGGUACGUAAUAAAAUAGGUUAUUUAGUUCAUAUAAUUCCUGACUACCUAUUCAAAAAUAACAAAUGUUAAAUAUCGUAUAAAGCACCACGGGGCAUAAGUAGAAAUAGUUAACGUUGUAAGUUACAACCUCAUCAAAUCUAGAUGCUGCAGCUUUCUGAUCGAAGGUCUUAAUAAGCAGUAUUGAACAUUACAUUUAUGUAACUUGAAUAAUGUGCAGUUUUCGUAUAUUACUGUCUGGAUAACAUUAAACAAACCAUUUGAUUGUUUUACAAAAUUUACGUGAGAACACGUUUGUACUCAUACAAUUCCUAAGUCGUUAAUGUAUCUGUACAGUGUUGUUAACUAAAAUAUAUCCUUCUACGCCUAAUUUAGAAAAUGAUUCUAUUUUUCUCUUUUGUCACAGUCAAUAUGCAACCCGGAGAGUAACAAGGAAUUCGAUCCGUUAUCUAAUGUCCGAUCUACAGAUGUUACAAUCUCUUCUCCAAAUCCACCCAUCUACUUGUCACCAAUCAACAGUUCAGAUAACAUUUCGAAAUCAAAAUCUUGUGUGCGUGUAGAUAAUAGAAUGAUUUUAGCAUGAUUUUCGUGGUGUCCAAUUCACAUAAGACACAUGACUGUGCUUCUCUGUAUUGUGGUUAACUUGCGUCUAAAACCCGAAAUUAGUCUUUCACUGAUCAUGUCGAUCGGGGUAACCGGAAAUUACCAGCUAAUCACACAACACAAUUAAACUUAAGUUAAAAUAAUGAGUAGAAUUUUGACAUAUGUUGUUCUUCACCCUAUUUACUUUUCCAAAACCCACCUCAAUAUCAGUGAAAGUCGUCACUUUGAAGUAGAUCCUGUCGCAAGCAAUAUAUGGCAAAUUUCUUGACGGGUAUAUUAGUCCCUUGAAUAUACCCAUUAUAUUUUACAUAUAAUGAUCUUUAGAUCCAAUAUAUUCUCAGGAUCUACUAGUGUAAUUUUCAAUGUAGGUGCCCAUAAAAGCGGCAAAGCCUGGGUUCAAAUGCUGAACCAGAGUUAAUCUCUACUAAUCUAUCAGAUAUCUUGUGUGGUUAAGACGACAAACAUAAUCACAUAAAUUGUCUCCAAAUAGUUAAAUGUCAGGAAUUGAAUUAAUUGUAGUAGAUAGAUUCAUCAUUUAUUUCUCCGUAAGGUAAAUAUGGUACGUGGAAUAUAAUUCCACCCACCACCUUCAAAGUUAUAUGUUGGUUAGUGUAGUAGGUAAUUGGAAAAAAUUUUAAAAAAGUAGAUCAAGAUUCAUUGGGUGUCCAUGAAUUCGUGGACAAAUGAUUCAAACUGUAUAUUGAGUUAGAGGCUUUCUACUUGGUUCCUACCUGCUUUCCAAUAUUACUAUUACGUAACAGGAUCCUAAAUAGAUUACAGUUAUGUGCAUACUUUCAUUCCUUAUAAUCUUCAACGCUUUAAACAAUAUGGUUCCAAUAUUUCCUACUUUAUUUUUUCAAUCUACCACCAUGAUUGACAUUGUUGUUUCGAAUUCUUGCACGUAGUUCCGUCUCUCUGCGAUACACUUAGGUUUUAUGUUUGUCCUUACUAUUUUAAUGCAACUUAUUCAGUUGUGCUCCCUACUUUAUGAUUGUCAGUCUACCCAGCUUAUUUACUUUUUACCGUUAGGAAUUCUACUCAGAAGUAUUUCUGUAAGUAAAUAAUAUUUUAAAGACUAUUGACAGUCUUAAACACUUCAGCUUGAUAAUCUAUUACUAGUGAAACUAAUUUUCCUUUUAAUUUUUAUAUAAAUAUUUGACUAGACUUUUUCAACUAGAUCAUCCUAAUUACAAGAGUUGAAAAAAUUCAAAAGAGAACACUGAAGAGCAAGUAAUUAUUAUGGUAACAGCACUUAGAAAAGCUCUAAGUUGUCUGAAAAUAACAGUUGAAACACAGUAUAUUCGAUGUUCAUCAUCACAAAUGUGUGAGUAAAAUUUACUUUAAAAUAUAAGGUAAACUUGUUUACUUGCGGAACGAUGGUAAAGAUUUUCUUCUAGAUAGUGUGAUUGCAGACCUUUAUUUCCCAUAUUUUCAUCCUGUAAUCUUAUUACAUCAUAGGAUGGUUUAUUUUCUUACUGAUCAAACAAAUAUAUUUCAGUACAUUUUUGCAUCAGGCACGUUGUUCUCAUUUGAUAAAAUGUAACUUUUUGUAUAUUCUAAAAUAAACUACUAACUAUUUCAGGAAAAUUACAUGGUUUCCAAAUCAACUUUCUCAACGGCUGGAUUAUCAGACAACGAGGGGCUAAAUUCGACUAAAAAAUCUGCUGAUCACGACCCUAUAGAUCUCCAAGCACCGUUUGAGAAUAAGCUUGAUACAAUUGACAAAGUACCUACUAAAUUUAGUCAUUCUAAUGCAGAAGUGGUAGUAUCGGCGGCGCCUAAUAUUAGUUCCACACUCUCCACUACGAUACUACCGUCUCAGGGUCAACCGUUAACAACAAAUAGUCAGAUAAUAUCAUCAUUUUAUCAACAGCCUUCAGGACAUCAAAACCAUCUUCCCACCCAACCUCAAGUACAACCAUCAAUACCUAUAUCCCCUCAAAACUCAGCACAACCUAUAAUUCAUGGCAAUGAUACUCUUAGGAUGCCUAACACAUCAACUCCGAUGUUACAACAGCAUAGUACUCCGUCUUUCAGGUCUCCCGGUUUGGCAAACAUGCCACCAAAUAUGGGUCCUUAUGCUCGUCAAACUGGAACACUAUCAAACACUAAUAGACCUAUGGGUAUCCUUGUAACUCCUCCAAAUCCAUCAUCUAACAUGUCUACACCUGUACUUCCACCGUGCGAUCCUUCAACUGGUUUAGGGACACCACAGCGGCCAAUUAUGCAGCCUCUUUCAGGUUCUCCUAGAAAUUCUACGACACAAAGUUCAAUACAGUCCACGCCCAUGAUUCCACAUGGCAUGUCAUAUCCACCCAUGUAUCCUCCUCCAGCUCAAAGUAUGAAUCCUUCGACACGUCCCACGUGUCCUCCAAUUCAAAAUACUUUUGUAUCGGGUUCCUACAAUUCAAUGCAUUCAAGUGCUGCCGUUCCCGUAACAUCACCAACUAUCUUAUCAAAAGCAUGUCCGACUCCUAAUGAGACUCAUUAUUACCCUCCAUCCUAUCCUAAUUACCAACAAUAAUGCCUUAUUUUUGCUCCAAGAUGCUUACUGUUUAAGCUGAUCUGUCAUUCGAUAGCUUCACAUCGUGAUGUGACAUACAGUUAUUUAUAAUUUCCUCAAUUUCUGCAUAUUUUUUCGUUGAGUGCACACGCAGGUUGAUUACUUCGGUGUAUGGUUACAUAAAAUUUUGAUUACAAACUCCUUAAAAUGAUAUUUUGAAUUCAAUUUGUUUCACACUUGGUUUCUUAUCCAUUUUGGUCAGUAAUAUGUAAUAACCAAGUUUUGUGGUUUUACUUCGUCUUCUGCAGUUUCGUAAUGGUUAUCACAUUAUGUAUAAUUUCGAAGGGUGUAUCUAUCUCAGUCUGCCAUAAUCCAUCCUCCUCCAUUGUAGUCACAAACAUCGACAUUAAGAAUUUUUUUGUCAUACUAAACAAAAUAGUUCUGCGACUUCUAGAAUCCACUUCAGGAAAAAUUUUUAUUGUUCUGGGAUAUAAACUUCAGUAGCUAAACGAUGUAUUUGAGAAUGCAAUAUAUUCUUGGUAAAACUGUAAGAGAUCAAAAGUUUCGUGUUUUGCAGAUAUUUCUUAGUUCUAUGACUUAAGUUGAAAGUCUCUAUAGCCUUUAUAAAUAGUCAUGUUAGUGUUUUGGUUGUCCUAUUCUGGAUUCACAAUUUCGAUGUGUUACUAAUUAUUUUGUUUUUAAUACACAUAUGCUCUCAUAGAGUUUAGAUUACGCUUCGUAAAAAGUUACACAGCAUGCGCAUGUAACCUGUCCAACCACUGUAUGACAAUCAUCGCAUCUUUACCGAAUAAUCCCAGUCUAUAUGAAUUUAAUGAAAACUGAUAUUGGUUGUCGAAAAAACCGGUUAUCUAACGAUCUCGUCAACUUGUAGAAAAAGUGCUGGUUCCACUGCUUCAAAUCUUGGUAACUUCAGCUUAAUGCAGUUAAUUAGUAUGUGUCAGAUAAAGCUAACUGAGCAAAAAUGCUAAUAUCAAAAGGACUGUCCCUGCUAGCACCACUCAUUGUGAACAGAGUACGUUGGGUUAUAGUUUAUAGUAGUGUACAUAUAUAUAUAGUACGCGGUCGGCUUCCAAUGUUUUUAUGUUCCCAACUUCAGCAAAAUUGUGGUAUUUUGCGACCAUUCAUUGCAAUCGAUAAUUCCUGUCGUGUAACCGACAUGGUUCAGUCCCACUGGUCAUGCGUUUUUACCAAAGCAGUUCUACUCAAAGUUGGUGACUAAUGAACACAUAGUUAUUGUUAUUUGUUCAAAGAUUGUAGAUGCUGUUCAUUUCGACGAUAAUUUAUAACGAUCAAAUAAACUCUAGAAGUCCCAUCCCAAAAAUCACCCACUGGAUUGGACGCAAGUUCGACUGACGAAAUCACACUUCGAAAACUCAUAUCUUUAACCCGACUGGAGUUUAACCAGAUUGUGGUAGAUUUCGAAACUUAUGUUUAUUUUGAAGUGAAUAAAUUUCUCCUAGAUUAUCGUACUUCCUAUAGGUGACGUGAAAACAGGCCGUGUAAUGAAUCUAUCCCUGACACCUCAUUUUGUUAUUGAUUUGAGCAAGUACAACAACAGUCAGUCAGUAACAACGUAGAACCUCGUACGUAAGUACAUCAGUUCGAGUUGCCACACCACCUUAGCACAGAUGCAGUUGUCGAUUCAAAUCCCGUAGUGGUAGAGGUAGCAAGAGUAUAAGCAGUGAUCGUGAAGAUUAGGGUUUGAAGAUUUUAUUCAAGGAGUAUAAUCCAGUGAAAUAAAUUUGGAAAGAGGAAAAAAUGGACAUGAAGAAUUCAGAAGAUUAGAAUUUGGGAGAACACAAAGAGUGGAUGCACCUGCGCCAUUGCAAACGAAUUUGAGCCAUGUCAUUCUGGGUCUCUAACCAUCGGUUGCUAUCAUCUUGUGGUCCCCAACCAGGUAGUCUACACCUACCAACAUGACUCAGUCCACUUGUCAGUGACUUCAUGGACUUGUGCCAUGUUCUGGUUUGGCCGCCUCUAGCUUUCUUCCAAUCUACUCCUAUGCCACUGAACAUAGCACGUCGAGGUAGUCGGUCGUUGGGCAUACGUAACACGUGUCCCAGCCAUUUCAACUGAUGAAGUUUCACCACUUCAUCAAUUGAUUUGCCAUCCUUACCUAGUACCCGUUUCCUAACAACUGUGUUACUUACUCGAUGGUCCCAGGAUAUACGGGCAAUGUUUCGAAGACACCUAUGAUCGAAUACUAGUAACCUACGAAUAUCUUCUACUCUUACCGGCCAUGUUU